GGCGCCUCAGUAUACGGGUGCCAGGGACAGCGACGGCAUGCUGCUGCCUCUGUCCCGCGUCGCGCUCCUGCUGGCGGCGCUGCUGGCGUCGUGCCGGGCCGCGAACAUCACCACCCCGGAGCCUACCACCUCCUCCGAGGCUACGACCGUGGCCACGACCACCACGCAAGAGAAGCAUGAGGAUGUGACUGUUACGACCUCCGAGACGCCCUCCACCACCGCCAAGAUCACGGCCGAUAACGUGCUGGAGGAGGUGAGCCACCUGCUGGAGAAGCUGCGAGAGGUGGCUGCGUCCAUGCGGGAGGCGCGGGAGGAGCAUGAGCGUCUGGCGGAGGCGGUGGCGCAAGUGACGGCGGCGGUGAAGGAUAUGGGGGAGCAUAACUUGCACAUCAAGAAGAAAGUCCGCAAAAUGUCCAAGGGCCUGAAGAAGAACUCCCACAACAAGAAGAUCAAGGACGGCAUCAAGUCGCUACAGCGGGACCACCAGCGCAUCCUGCACGCCAUGUCCCUCAGCGGCAUCAACAUCACACGCCUGCACAACCACACCCGCAAGCACAACCUAACCCACCCGCGCCCCAACCACAAGAACCAGCAUGGACGAAACCGCAAGAACCACAACAACAACAACAACAACAACAACGCCGCGACCACUACCACAACCCCUCUGCCAGAAAACGCCACCAAAAGCCCCGACCAAAAGGCGCUGGAGGAGGAGAUGGAAGGCGAGGUGGUGAAGGAGGCACUGACGGAGAAGAGGAAGGAUGGGGAAGAUGAAGUGGGAGGCUCAACUGACAACCUGAUCCCGGAGUUGGUGGUAGACCCUCCGUCAGCCACCGACCCGCCACUACCCGCUGACUGUACAGAGGUGAUGCAGCGAGGAAACUGGACCAGCGGCGUGUAUCUUGUGCAACCCCAGGGACUCCAGCCCAUCAAGGUUUGGUGCGACCACACGACCAACGGCGGAGGAUGGACGGUGCUACUGGCGCGCCUCGAGCAAGCCAAGCAGGAGGACUUCAGCAGGGGAUGGGCAGAGUACAAGAAGGGCAUUGGUGAUCCCGCUGCCGAACACUGGCUAGGUCUUGAAGCCCUGCACGUCAUGACUAAAGCAAGAAACCACGAGCUGCGAGUGAACAUCACAGACUGGAACAAUGGCUCUACCUGGGCUGAAUGGAAGGAAUUCAGUGUGGCACCAGAGAGUGAGAAAUACAAACUGACCGUGGGGAGAUACACCAGCGACUCUCAUGCCGGGGACGCCCUCAAGUGGCACAAUGGCAUGCAAUUCUCCACUCCAGACCGUGACAAUGAUGUUCUGCUUGGUGGACACUGUGCCAAAAAGAAUGAUGGAGGAUGGUGGUUCCGAGGUUACCGUGGCUGUUACCAAGCCCAUCCCACUGGGCGCUACCAGCACAAUCCAGGAGACCCACCCAAAACUUCGGUCACUUCCCGUAACUUUGAGCUCGGGCCGGUGCUGGUUUGGCAGAACUGGCGGGGAGAGAGCUACUACCCCAAGACCCUGUUUCUCAUGUUCCGGCCAAUGUUAAACUAAGGGAACACUGUGAAUUGCAAAUGGAAUGCUCCCUGACUGUGAGGCAGUGCCUCUGUAAUGCAUCAGACUUAGAUGGGGUGAGAUGCUGCACAGAUGGGUUGCUAAUCUUAGUAGGAGUAAGAGUUCAACAUUAUUGUAUUAGGAUUAUGAUUAGCUGUGAUGGGAAAAUUUGAGGAGAAAGUUGAUUUUUUUUUUCUGGAUUCCCUAGUGACCUCUUGUAUCAUGUAUUAUACGGUUAUUCACAUGAAAUGAGUGCAUCAGUAGUUUACCUUAUAUACAGUAAAUAUUUGAAAUAAUUACUGUAGCUUGAGAGUCUUGAACAUGAAACAUGAUCUCCUGAGACACUAACACAAAUAUGGAAAUACAAUAGAGGUAAGAUAAUAAUACAAACCACUUCUUUUCAAAUGUGUCAGAGAUGGAUAUUUUUGUGUUUUGCAGUUCAAAGAUGAUGGCAUUUAAAUCUUUAAAAACUAAUUAAAAAUAAACGUAUUGGUACACAGUGUAUAUCAUAUAUCGGUCAUGUUUCCAGUAUUUAAUUUGCAAGAAUAUGGAUUAAGGGUUCAAAAUUCCUUACUUUCACAAACACAAACAUAUAUGUACAGCACAAUCAUUAACUACAAUGAACAAAAGUCAUUCCACAGAUAUGGUUGUAGGUAACCUGAGAUUGUUCAGUAACUGCACCUUACAGAAUGAGACAACAGGGAGAGUAUACCACCAAGGCAGUGUAGAGUUUCCCUCAAGAAGCUGAAGCCCAAGGCAGAAUCAAACAUUAAUCUUAUAUGGGAAGUGUUCACUAAAAUAAGCCCUCUCCUACACAGUUCAUUGAUUUCUAGACCUUUAAGGCCCAUUGUCAUGUCUCUGUACUGCCGUGUAUCCGUUGUGGUAGGAUUGUUGUAGCUCUUAGCUUAUUGAGUCCCUUCAUCUAUUUGGAAAUCUUGCCAAUCUCAACUCAAUUUUAUCACCCACACUGCAAGCAUAAAAACAGCAUCACUUUACCCAAACAAAUCUAUUUCCAGAGUGAUAGGAAAUGGUUACAAAAGCUUCCCUUCUAUACACUUAUCAUUUCCAUCAUAAGAGCAAAUCUCAUCAUACAUACUUUGUUUCAUAUAAUUAACUUCAUUCUAUGAGGCCUGCAUUUACUAAUCUUUCCACACCACUGUCUAUUAGUCACCACUAUGAUUAUCAAACAAAGUGGUUAUAGUAAACAGUUCCUUGAAAGAAGUGAUAGUAAACUUACAUACAAAAAUCGAUAUCUCUUAAUGCUAUCAAAAUCAGUUAACUUCAGUCAGAAAUUCCCUCCAACUCUUUAUAAUUUGAUCUGUCUAUCAAUAUCUGUAUCCCAGAGUGACAUCCCCACAAAGACAAGGCACACACACUCACACCCUCACACCUUCACACACACACACACACAAACAAACCUAGUCAUCUAUCUAUUUGUAGAUAAAUAUAAUUUUAUACUGUACAACAAAGCUGAUGUUACCUGCCAGCUCUAGCAGUGUCCUCUGACCUUAUCAAUUUCUGGAAGUACCACAACUCUUCUUGAUUACAAAUAUUAAAACCUGUUUUCAACACAUUUAUGAACAGUACUUAGCCUAUCACUGCUUGUCUUAAGACGGUGUGGCAUUUCAUACUCUACUACAACUCAACAUAAACUUGACUCACUCCACACUAAACAAAAACAAACACUAUUCCUGUACCACUGUAGUAUUUCCCAGUACAAGCCGCUUCACCCCUCACACACUUCAUGAUAGGGAGGGAGGCUAUGACCAUAUAUGUAGUCUUAUUUAUCGAUUUGAACAAUUCUUUGUCCUCUACCUUUUAAAUCAUAUGAAAGAAAAUUCAGUUAGUGCAUGCCUAUUAGAAAAUACAUAAUAAUCAACAGGUAGCUGAUUUUAGUCAUUAAUCUUAUGUCUAACUUCUACUUCUUAGUACUAUAUUUCUAAGACUACAGUUGAUUUCCGUAGCUGAGUUCCAAAUACAUGUGUGUGCGGGUAGUUGUGUGUGGACAAGUCUUCCUUUUACCACCUUUCAUCAGUGUCAUGAAAUAAAUGUUAAAUGUGGUCAUGUUAAUUACCAUCAGUGAAAUUCAAUUACAAAAACAAAGUUAUUGACAGUCUACUUUUGUUCAUCCUUUGAGUGAUUUGUGAUGUGCAUGUAAAUCUGUCCACAGCGACUCUCUAAUUCUUGUCAAUAAUGGGUUGCAAUAUACAUAGCCUUGUAUUUUAUUUAGCUUUAUUGAUGUAUUUACAAAGAACUGUUCCCCAGUACUAGAAUGCCUCUGAUCACCCUUAACCCAUUAUUAACAAAUAUCACACUAUAAUGAAACCUACUGCAGUUAUUAUGUUCACUGCAGUUGUAUAGUCCCUACUACAUAUUUUGUCUUAAUACUUUAAUUAUAGUACUAUAGGGCAUCUCAAAACUUCUAAUAUGUAUUUUCGUAGAUAUGGACCAAUUUUGUCACUUGGAAAAUAUCAGAUAGUAAUUUGGAAAUCUCUGCAUUGUAUAACCAGAUGACGAGCCAAACAUGUGUGCCAAAAAUUAUAUUAGACUUAUGACUUCCUGUAGGCCUUACAUUGUAGUCCUGUCUUGUGAAUAAACUUUAUACUUAAA